CUAGGGGCCCUAUGUCAAAUCAACGUCGGCGACGUCGUGGACGAAGCGCGCCAGCAUGAAGAAGCUAUUCUCCAAGAUCGACAACACGUCGAAGGAGCCCAACAGCUACCUGGGGAAGGUGUUCACCGUGGGCCGCCACACGGUCACCGUCGAGGAGGUCCUGGCGGAAGGAGGAUUUGCAGUUGUGUUUUUGGCAAAAGCCUCAGGUGGACGGUAUGCACUUAAACGGAUGUAUGUCAACAAUGAACAUGAUCUCAACGUGUGCAAGAGGGAAAUUCAAAUUGCUAGCAACCUGAGCGGUCAUAAAAAUAUUAUAGGAUAUGUAGAUAGUAGCAUAAGUCGCAUCACCGGAGAGAUACACGAACUUCUGCUUUUAAUGCCUUACUGUAAAUCCCAAGUUCUUCAAAUGAUGAAUAACAGGUUGCAAACAGGUUUCAGUGAAUCGGAAGUUCUGCAAAUUUUUUGUGACGUUUGCGAAGCCGUAUCGAGGUUGCAUCAUUGUCAAACUCCCAUAAUUCAUAGAGAUCUCAAGGUGGAAAAUAUACUGCUCGCCGACAGCGGUCAUUACGUUCUGUGCGAUUUUGGAUCCGCGACGGGAAAAGUACUCAAUCCCAGCGUCCACGGUGCCGCGAUGGUCGAGGAGGAGAUCAAGAAAUACACCACUUUAAGCUACAGAGCACCGGAAAUGGUCGACAUGUACUGUGGAAAACCUAUUACUACGAAAGCAGAUAUUUGGGCUUUAGGAUGUCUGUUGUAUAAACUCUGCUAUUUUACACUACCGUUUGGCGAAAGCACGCUUGCCAUACAAUCCGGAAAUUUCACUAUACCGGAUAACUCGAGAUAUAGUAAAGCUCUUCAUUGUUUAAUUCGAUAUAUGCUUGAGCCAGAUCCUGAUGUACGUCCUGAUAUUUAUCAAGUUUCCGUAAUUGCUUUUCAAAUUCAGGGCAAAGAGUGCCCUGUGCAAAAUUUACACAAAGUCCCAACCCCGACGAUAGAUUCAUUACCAUGCCCACCCAUGGAAUCCGAGAAUAUUAAAAGAUCGGCAUCUGUAAAAACUCCGAAGCCCACGCCUAUAGCGACGACAGUCGAGGGCACGUCGGUGACGCCGAGGCAGAGACCGAAGGGGCAAGCCGUUAGUACGGGACCGAUCAGUUUGGGCGGUCAAAUCGUAGGACAAAUAUCGGGCCAAGGAAAUCAGACGCAGACUACACCGGCGAACUCUAUCUCUUACGUUCAAGUAUCGCCACACGUUUGCACCCCCAGUCAAAAUAUUCCCUUCGGCCAGUCGCAAGGACAGCCGCCGCAGUACGGACAGUCGCAAAGCCCGAUGAUCAGUCACUCCCCUUUGACGCAGCAGUCACCCGUUACCGUUCAGGAUAAAAAUGCGUUUUACUUCGAUUCGAGGCAGCACGAUUCGAGAGCUACGACGAACGUGAACGAGAAGAAUUUGGAGGCUCUAUUUCCGCCGUCAGGAUAUCCGGAUCCAUUCAAGGACGACACGAGAGCGAUGCCGCCACCUGCCAAGAUACCACCUCCCGUUGCACCGAAACCCAGCAAGAUUCUUCCGAAACUGUCCAAUCCUAGUUACCCGUCGUCGUCGUCCAAGUAUCCGCCAGUCACCUCACUACCGUCGAAAUUGUCCAUUCCGACGGGGCCUAACAUGGGGACUCCGCUGACGGUGACGCCGCCGGCUUUACCGAAGCCGGUUAAUAAGACAGAAAGUUUGAGUCAAAAUAUAAGUUCGAGCAUAUCCCCGCCUGACAGUCCGACACUGUCGUCCUCGCGUCACAGGAGGAACGUCAGUGACACGAGUGCUUUUAACAAAGCAUUUGCAACCGAAACCACUCAAUUCUUAGCGCCAUAUGAGGCUUCGGUCAAGCCGCGUACCGAAGAUACGACCACUACGCCACCAGAACUUCCGAGUGAUACAAGGCCUUGCAUAGCAACUAGUGCCUCGCAUGUACGUGUUGGCGAACUUUCAAGCCUAAUGGGAUCAGAGGGGAGAUCGCUGAGCGCAGAUGUAGCGGCGUGGAAUCCGUUUGAGGAUGUACAACCUUUUAAUCAGUUAACGGAAGAUCAUAUCUUCGGUGCUGAGUUUGACAAAAUAAGAAGAGGGAGCAACACCAGUAUCAGCGGGGUGAAAAGUCGCGAAAGUCUUGUUAUGACGUAUACCGAAUUACCGGAAGAUCCUUUUGAAUCUGCACCCUUUAGCCUACCAACAGGGAAGAAGAAUAAAAUCGGGUCAAAGACUGCUGCUAUUGCUGGAGGAAAAUCGGCGAACGAUAGAGCGAGGGUACCCCUGGCGCAGUGGAAUCCCGGGAUCGAGCACGGUGGCAGCGGCGGUGGCGUAGACGACGAGGCGUCCCUGAUCACGGAGCCCAACCCGGUCUCGCCGCCGUUCGUCCGCGCGCCGGCGGAGGAUCGUUCCAAGUACGAGAAGCUGGCGUUCAACGCCGACGAGGUGUCGAGCGACAGUGACAAGGGCGCCAAGGAGGCGAAGGAGCGAGCGAAGAAGGCGAAGAAGCGACGUGUGAAGAACGUGCUGAGCCGCAGGAGGCGAGUCGCCGCCCAGCACGAUAACGAGGAGAACGCGACGAACGUGGAUUACGAGUCGGACGACUCGAUCGGCUCGGCCAGCGACCUCCGCGCGAUGAACGACGAGGAGGGCAACGACGGCGAGGUGAACGACGAAGACGACGACGACGAGGGCGGCAACGUGUGCGGCAAGCAUGACGAAACCAUCUCCGAGAGCGUGCGCACGUGCAGCAGUUCCGCGUAUCACGCGGAAUGCGAGUCCGUGGCGACGCACGAGGACGAUUACAGGAUGAAGAGGCCGAGGAAGCACUACACACAUCGGCAGAAGAAACAGCAGCUGCCCACGAUCAAAGCGGACCCGAUCGUCGGCCAUCAGUACGGCGAGAAGCCGCUGCUGUUAGACGACGAGCUGGAUCCCGAGUCCAAGCCGGAGCAGUCACACGGCGAUCCCUUCGUGGGACAUCAGUACGGCGAGAAGCCGUUGCUGUUCAGCAACGACGACAGCUCGUCCGAUAACGACAACGAGAAGUCAAAGUCGCUCAACAACGGGAUCUGGAAAGUGGAGGACGACGUAUUCGCCCUGGCGCCCUUCCCGCGGUCCAGCAGCUCGCGGAAGAGCAGCGACAGCCGCGAGAGCGAGUCCAGGAAUGUCGAUCUGGUCGGCAGCGCGAGGAACUCGCCCCACAACUCGACGAAUCUGGUGACGCCGAUCUCGAGUUCGCCCAUACCGCUGGAGGUGUUUGCGGAUGUGGUGGAAAGCAAACCCACGCCUCCGUCGACCAAAUCCGCCGCUCUGUCCUGCAAAUAUCCCAAGAGUAUCGCAAUCGCGAACAGCAAGACUAUUUACGAAGAACCGACGUCGUUCCAUCAGCCGAGCGUCGUCCAAACGUCGUCUCCGGUCAAAAGCAGUUCUCACGUCAGCAUCGUCGAGGAGGAGGAGGAGGAGAAUAUCGAGAAGGACCUCUUUGGCUCCUCUCCGUUCAGUCCGAGCGGAUUCACCAAUCCCUUCAACAAUGCUCAGUCCAAUUUCUCGAGCAUCGACUCCGCGUCGACUCAACCCAUGUCGAUCCUGAGCCCGGCGGGCCCUUCCUCGUACAUCGAUUACGCCAACUGCGUUCCGCUGCAAUCCCACAACGCGGCGCCGGACAAUUAUUACGCUAGUCACUCGAGCACAAUCGCGUCCACGUCGAAGUACGGCAUGGUGACGGUGAACUCCGAGCCGACGGCCGGCGCGGAACCGUCCAAAGAUCUUUUCGGGUCGAUCCCGUUCGAGGAGUUCGCCUCGCUGAAGCUCAACGAGCAGCAGCAGCAGCAGCAACAGCAACGCCCGACGUCCCUAUCGCUGUCGCAGUCGCUAUCUCAGUCACAUUCGCCGAAUUACAACGUCGUGGACAACGUCGCGUUAACGACGGUGCUGCCGGUCGGCGGCGUCGUGCAGUCCCCGAAGAACACCGUCGUUCAUCUGACACCCACUCCGCCGUCGCAGCCGCAACCGCCGUCCGCUUACACGAUACAGACGACCACGCAUACCGCCAGGAUUACCGUGCACGCGGUCAACAGCGUUUCCAAGGUGGACAUCACGUCCGACAUGAUGUCACCCAUGUCGCCCGAGCCUUUGGUCGUCGCGGACGACGACACGCCGAAGCACAACAAGAAGGACAAGUCCAAGUAUCACCUGAUUAAUGAGAACCACGGUGACGUCGUCGACGUGUUACCGACUUACAAGGCGUCCCACAAGACCAAAUCGGUGAGCCACAAGAAGACGCCGAAGGGCAAGAAAACGGCCGCGACCACCGGUUUCAGCAACAUGAGCUUCGAGGAUUUCCCCAGCGACGAAAACGAAGAGAGGCAGGCGGGACGGACGAAGGUAGCGCCCUUCGAGGUGAUCCGCGAAGUUUCGGAGAAGCGAUUUGGAUCGUUGAAGAGGCGGAGCAAUCCGUUCACCUGA